AUGAAAACGUUCGUUUCUCAUGUUUCUCAUCACACAGAUGAAGUUGCAAAAUCUGUAAAAAGUGCAAAGAAAUUUGCAUUUUUUGCAAUUAUUUCAGCAGUUGUAACAUCUUCUCUUAUUAUUUUUAUAAUCCCUGCAGUAUUUUUCCGUUUCGAAAAAAUCAGAUCUCACUAUGAACUCGAAUUUGUCAGUUGUCGACAGGAAAUUGAUAGUGUCCAAAAAAAUAAUGAUAUGCGCUUUGGAUUUGAAUUUUCAGAUGGACGUCAGAGAAAAACAAGACAGGUCAAGAAAUUUAUGUCGGAUUUGGAUGACUAUCAUAGCGGUUACUCCUAUAAUACUCCGAUCAACAUAUAUCAACCAGUUUCUGCUCCAACCGCUGCUCCGGAUGUUUCAAAAUGUUGUACAUGUUCACAAGGACCAUCUGGAGAGAAGGGUGAUAAGGGAAGUGAUGGAAGAGACGGGAACGAUGGUUAUCCGGGAUCACCUGGAAAAUCUGGUCAAGAUGCACUUGAACGCAUGAUAACGGAUGGAUAUAUAGAUUUUUGCUUUGAAUGUCCACCGGGCGCACCUGGAAGUCCUGGAGAAGUAGGUCACAAAGGGCCGGAAGGUGUAUUGGGACCAUCAGGAAAGAAAGGAAAAACAGGGCAAAGUCUUCCAGGACCAGUGGGGCCACCAGGACCUCCUGGCAAAGAUGGUUCAAUCGGUGCUCCAGGUCCUGAUGGUGCAUCUGGAAAAAUUCUAACGAUGGAAGGGCCUCCUGGUUUACCCGGUGUACCCGGCUCUGUUGGUUUACCUGGUAUUCCAGGAAAACCUGGCCCUUCUGGACCAGAUGGGAAAAUUGGAGCAACUGGUCCCGGUGGAGAUCCUGGAAAACCUGGAGGAAAUGGAAUCCCCGGAGAACCCGGACCUAUUGGAAAUCAAGGACCACGAGGAUCAGAUGGAUCUUGUGAACAUUGUCCACCUGCUAGAACACCACCCGGAUAUUGAAAUAAAUUAUGAAAUUAUACAGAAAU